AUGACCACACCAAUGCUAGCCAUUCCCAAACAUAUGGUUACCAUGACCACACCAACAGUAACCAUUACCACACAUAUGGUAACCAUGACCACACCAACAGUAACCAUUACCAAACAGAUGGUUACCAUGAACACACCAACGGUAACCAUUACAACACAGAUGGUUACCAUGACCACACCAACAGAAACCAUUACCACACAGAUGGUUACCAUGCCCACCCCAACAGUAACCAUUACCACACAGAUGGUUACCAUGCCCACACCAACAGUAGCCAUUACCAAACAUAUGGUUACCAGGACCACACCAAUGGUAGCCAUUACCAAACAUAUGGUUACCAUGACCACACCAACAGUAACCAUUACCACACAGAUGGUUACCAAGACCACAUCAACAGUAACCAUUACCACACAGAUGGCUACAAUAACCAAACAAUUUUCUUUCAGUCCAGUGUAUGUGAAACAGAAAUACCCAGAGUAA